AUGCUAUUGUCUUCCUGGGUCAACAGUUUGCUGAUAUUUGUUGUUGCUGGUACUGCGACAUAUAUGGCUGACGCAGGUCCAGUCUUGACUUUCACAUGCAACACCAUCGCGAUCGUGCCUUUAUCUGCUCUCCUCACGGAUGCAACGGAGGUUAUUGCGGCCAAGGCAGGUGAUACAAUUGGGGCAUUGCUGAAUAUCACAUUCGGCAACUUGGUAGAGCUUAUCCUGUUAAUUGCUCUCAGGAACAACCAUAUAUACAUAGUCCAAGCCUCAAUCCUUGGAUCGAUACUCGUAAACCUGCUCUUGGUUCUGGGUUCCGCCCUCUUAGCAGGCAGCGUAACCGACGUAGAUCUUUUGUGCAAUACAGCCGAGGGACAGCUUCUUGCUUGCUUGCUAUUUGUUUCUGUAUUCGUGGUUUUGAUGCCAACGGCAUUUGCGCAAACAGUCAGCGAGACGGACAAGAACAAAGCUGCGACACUCAAGAUGAGCAGGAUUUCAGCACUUAUGGUAUUACUCAUUUAUGUGCUGUACUUUGUCCAUGAAAUCAGAUCUCGUCCUGUAAAAGGGAAUGAUGUUGAAUCACAGACCUAUGAUCCUGAGACUGGUUCAACCAGUUCUACUAACUAUCGUUCUGGGUCUAUAGAUCUCGGCUCUAGUUCUUUCAGCUCACAGCACCUGCCAUCCCGAACAAUUCGUUUUGCAGAUGACCAAGACCGAGAACGCAGAAGUGAUUCGAUCUACAAACUCAACAAUAUUGCUGAACUGGAAACCGUUGAGCCGAGCGACGUUGGCGAUAUGAUGAUGGAUCGAGGCCGCCGCAGUGGAGAGACACCCCGCAGCAGCUACACCAGACCAAACUCUUAUCAGCCCCUGCUAAAUUCUCGAACGCACUCUCGCUCCAUCUCGGUCAGCAGUAGUAUAGGAUUUCAAAGUCGGGAGUCGUCUAUGAGUCGAGCAAGUCGACAUGCCACUGCCCUUCACCUACUGAGAGAACAUCGCCUUAGUAUGGAUCAACUAGUGCAUCCUCGGUCACAUGCUGAGCACUCCGAGGCUGACUGGAAAGCCCCUGUCGCUAUGCUUAUAAUCACUUCGCUACUGAUGUCCAUGUGCGGUGAAUUCCUCGUAAGUACUAUAGACGAUAUCACGCAUGAGGAUGGUUUAUCUGAACCACUCAUCGGGCUGGUCAUUCUUCCAAUCGUCGGAAACGUCGCAGAAUAUGUCACCGUGGUAGCGGUAGCUAUUCGAGGCAAUAUCGAUCUUGCUACUGCUGUCGCUGUCGGUUCAUCUAUUCAGAUUGCUCUUUGCAUUUCACCCUUGACCGUUAUGGCAGGAUGGGCAAUGCGGAAAGAUCUGGACCUUGCUUUUAAUACAUUCGAAAUGGUGACGCUGGCUGGGACAGUCCUCCUGGUCAACUUGCUAAUUCUCAACGACGGGAGCUCGAGUCUGAAGACAAGUGGCUUAAAGGGCGCAUUGAUGUGUGCUUGCUAUGUCAUAUUUGGGUGA